AUGAACCACCUUCGAAAGACGAAGAGUCACAUCUGGAGCUUCUCCUUCCUCAAACCUCGUCACAAAAGUGAUUCCGACCAUCCCAAGACCCCCCAAGCCUCCAGGAGUGACCACAAGUCUGUAAGCCCAGACGUCUGGGUCGACGCAAUCGAAGACCAGAGAGACGGAUUCUACAGAUAUUCGGAACUCCACGAGGAAAGCCUGGAAGGGCCUUUAGCUGAAAUGAAGCAGAACGACAUGCUUGACGAGAACUCAGAGUACUUUCUAGAUUCAUCGUUUAAACCACACUCACGCCCUUACAGGGUUAGCAAUGGCGAGUGGGUGACAGCUGUGACUUCGAGCUCGCCAUCCCCAUCCCCCACGUAUGGGGCCUCCCGGGUGACAUCCCAGGUAUUGUCCCUGGAUGACUUGACCAAUAUUGAAAUAGCAACGCACUUUGCGGUGGUCCUCAAGAUUUUCUCUCAGAUUUAUGCAAUUGCAAAGCUUGCACAGAUUGCAUUCAUGGGUUAUGGCAUCGAGCUUGAUAAUUCGGAGACGGGCCUCAAGUACUGGAUUGAUCGAGCCGAGGCAAAUAUCGGAACCGUCUCCCUCUGUGAACUUAUCACCAUCGUGGAACACCUCUUUUAUGUGGUCUAUGCCCGAAUCAAACUCGAGAUGGCAGGGAUCGAGCUGUGUGCCCUGUAUAAAAUGGAAAGUCGUCCGGCUAUGACAAAAGAUCGUCCGUUCUACAUGCCCGAACCGAACCAUCUGUAUCGCAUCUUCCUUCUGUUUAAGGAUAUCCUUGACUCCCCGAGAAUCUGCGAAGAGCGCGAUAACAACCUCAUCUCUCGGUUUAUGGAAAAUUACGUGCGAAUGCUCAUAUGCAAGGAUGCUCGGCUAGGACCGUUUGUUAUAGAUGACAUCUUGGGAUACCGCCGAUACGCCUAUAGCAUUGUCAACAACAGGCAUUCCACCUACUGCAAGAAAUGGGACAGUCUCAUCUCCAUCUUCCCCGAUUUUCCGCCCGAGACAAUGACUGUGCUUUCUGAGAGAUACUUCACCAUGACCCCUAAGCAGGUGCCCGACUGCGAUAUUCCCGUGAAUGAACUUCCAUUUACCAACCUGGAACUGAUAGAUCCGGUCCUGCGGGAGAGGGAGAUCAUCCUCGACCAUCGAAUUGGCACGCUGGCCAAACUAGAAGGGAAGUGUAUCGGAGACUGUCGACGUGAAAACGACAAAAUUCGUCUGUUGCACGAGGUAAAGCAUUCCAAAUGUAUCUGCAAAUCAGCAUGUUUCUGUGCUCGUAAAUGUACUUACGACGUGGAGCGCCGUUGCCCCUGUGCCGAAAGACAGCUGCGCAUGCAGCUCGCUAUUCACCGCAAGCGUACUGGUGGUUUCGAAUUCGUGACCCGAGUCAACACGGUUAUCCUGGCCGGCUUCCAAGGACUGGCUGCCCUGAAGGAGGACUCCCGGGAGGAUGCCAUCGCUGGAGGGAUUGUCGAGAUCUUUGAGGUACUUCUGAUGGAGAUCCACAAGGAGAGGCUCAUAUCUGAUGUGGCUAGCUGGGUGUGA